UCUUCAAACGACCGAACAGUCCUGUUCACCAUCUCACUUUGGUUGUUGAUUCCCACACCGUUACAAGAACAUCAACUUUGUUCUCCUUUUGAGCAGUGCACCCCUCAAGGACUGAAGGAUGGAUGACGACUUUGAGCGGCGCAGAGAACUCAGGAGGCAGAAACGGGAGGAGAUGCGUCUGGAGGCAGAGAGGAUGGCCUAUCGAAGGAAUGAUGAGGAUGAGGAGGAGGCAGCUCGUGAGCGCAGACGAAGGGCCCGUCAAGAACGACUGCGCAGUAAAGAGAGUGAGGAAGUGACCAACCCACCAGAAGAAAGUGUGGAGAUGAACAACAGCCACAGUGUUUGGAUGACGGAGAGCGUGUCCCAUUCUGUAAUGAGCGGAGGUUCUGGGGCAGCAGAGGACGAUGAGGAGCAGGCUCUGUUGGAGCGCCUGGCUAAACGAGAGGAACGAAGGCAGAGGAGAAUGAAAGAGGCACUGGACAGACAGAAGGAGACGGAGCCUUCCGAGUCCACUGAUUACAGCUCUCGCUGGGGUCGCCACCAGGCAGAGACCGAAGAUGAACCGCAGCCAAACAACAGUCAGCAGGAGGAGGAGGAGAAGCAGGAGGUGGAAGAGGAAGCUGCUCCAGUGGAAGAAGUACAGGCAGGGAAUGAGGAGAAUGAGACAGAGGAGGUGAUAGAGGAGAAACCACGCAGAUCUUACCUGAGGGUACAGGAAUCCCUUGAGGAAAUGAAAAUACAACACGAGAGAGAGGAGGAGGAGGAGGAGGUGUCAAGGAAAAGAGAGAAUAAACAGCAGAACGGAGGGGUGCACGAGGACACCACUUUCAAACACAAGAAACCGGAGAGAACUCUUAGCCGUGGCAGCCUGCGUUCACCAGAGGCUCAGGCAGAGGAGGUGGAUGACGACGCUCGUGUGGAAGCUGAGAGAAAACUGGAGGAGCUGAGACGCAGGCGAGAUGAAACCGAGAAUGAAGAGUUUGAAAGAAUGAGACAGAAACAACAGGAGGCCGAGGCAGAGCUGGAGGAACUGAAGAGAAAGAGAGAGGAGAGAAGGAAGAUUCUGGAGGAAGAAGAAAGACAGAGGAAGCAGGAGGAGGCAGAGAGAAAGGCCAGAGAAGAGGAAGAAAAGAGGAAGAUGAAAGAGGAGAUUGAGAGAAGGAGAGCAGAGGCAGCAGAGAAGCGACAGAAGGUGGAGGAGUGCAUGGAUGGAGAGAACAGGAAGCCCUUUAAGUGCGUCAGCCCCAGAGGAUCCUCUCUGAAGAUUGGCGAGAGAGCAGAGUUUCUGAACAGGUCUGCACAGAAAAGUGCCGUAAAGACAACCCACACUCCUGUGGUAUCUAAGAUUGAUAACAGACUGGAGCAGUACACGUCUGCUGUACAGAGUAAUAAGGAGGUAAAGUCUCCCCGGUCCACUGCUGUAGAUAUGCCCAUGGUAACUGAUGGUAUACGCAGCAUUAAGAGCAUGUGGGAGAAAGGCAAUGUAUUCAGCUCCCCAGGAGGCGUCAGCUCUACCAACAAGGAUGCAGCUGGGAUAAAGGUGGGCGUGGCCAGUCGCAUUAAUGAUUGGUUGAAUAAAACUCCAGAGACUGGCAAAACAUCAGGAGGAAGACCUAUGGACCUGAAGCCAGGAGACGUCACCAGCAAACGUAAUUUAUGGGAAAACAAAGGAUCCUGUGCUACCAAGGUGACAAGCAGAGGGGACGACAAAUCUUUUGCCAAUGGAUCGGGACAUUAACCAUUCAGAGAAGGCACAGAGACUGGAGCAAGCAGAAUGCCCAAUCAUCUUUUUAAAAGCAUUGUAAUACCAAAAAAAUCAAAUUCCAACACAUAUGCGCACGCA